UUUACAACUCUCAGGAUCUAAAGCAACGCCUGGGCCACAGACUUCAGCUCACGGACUUGCUAAUAAAACCUGUGCAGAGAAUUAUGAAAUACCAGCUGUUACUAAAGGACUUCCUCAAAUAUUCUAAAAAAGCUAAUCUUGACACAACAGAACUAGAGAAAGCUGUAGAGGUCAUGUGUAUAGUACCAAAACGGUGUAAUGACAUGAUGAAUGUUGGCCGCCUGCAAGGAUUUGAUGGUAAAAUUGUAGCCCAGGGUAAGCUCCUGCUCCAGGACACAUUCUUGGUUACAGACCAGGAUGCGGGACUUCUGCCACGUUGCAAGGAGAGACGGGUCUUCCUGUUUGAGCAGAUUGUCAUUUUCAGUGAGCUGCUAGAUAAAAAGAAAGGUUUCUCCAUGCCCGGAUUCUUGUUUAAAAACAGUAUCAAGGUGAGUUGCCUUUCCCUGGAGGAAAAUGUGGACAGCGAUCCAUGUAAAUUUGCACUAACAUCAAGAACGGGCGAUGUCACGGAGACCUUUAUUUUGCAUUCUGCCAGUCCAGGAGUCCGCCAGUUAUGGAUCCAUGAAAUUAACCAAAUUUUGGAAAACCAGCGCAACUUUUUAAAUGCCUUGACGUCCCCAAUCGAGUACCAGAGGAACCACAGCAGUGGUGGAGGUGGCAGCGGGAGCAGCAGUGCUAACAGCAGUGGCCCCAGCAGCUGUAGUGGCAUCCCCAGCUCCAGCCGUAGCCGGCCAUCCCGGAUCCCCCAGCCUGUCAGACACCAUUCCCCAGUCCUGGUCUCCUCUGCAGCCUCGGCCCAAGCAGAGGCAGACAAGAUGUCAGGUAUGUCCAUUCACAAUCUCUCCCUGCCACACUACAACACCUCCUUAGAAACUGGCCUAAGCCAGCCAGACAGGCACCCUCCCAAUGCUGAGCCAGACGGUCCUCAGAGAGAAGCUGAGCAGAUUCCCAAGAUGAAAGUUAUUGAAAGUCCCAGGAAGACAGCGGGAAACAUUUCUGGCUCAUCUGAUGGAGCCCAGAAAGACUCACGUGGAAGCUCAGAGGACAGUCGAACAAGAAACAGCAUAGGAUCACUGACGCUCGGGAAGCCAAGGCCAGGAGCCAUCUCACCAAUGAACUCUCCUCUCUCCACGACUUUCCCUGCUCCUUUUGGCAAGGAAACCUUUCCACCCAGCAGCCCCCUGCAGAAGGGCUCCUUUUGGAGCUCCAUCCCAGCAUCCCCUGCCAGCCGCCCUGGCUCCUUCACUUUCCCUGGGGACAAUGACUCCCUCCAGCGGCAGGGCCACCGCCCCCCUCAGCAAGGACACAGACCGCAUGAGCACAUGCUCCUCGACCAGCGAGCAAGUGAAAGUAGCAGCAGUAGCAAUAUCUCCACCAUGCUGGUGACACACGAUUACACGGCAGUGAAGGAGGAUGAGAUAAAUGUCUACCAAGGAGAGGUCGUGCAGAUUCUAGCCAGCAACCAACAGAACAUGUUUUUGGUGUUCAGAGCCGCCACUGAUCAGUGCCCCGCAGCUGAGGGCUGGAUUCCCGGCUAUGUCUUGGGGCAUACCAGUGCAGUCAUCAUUGACAACCCUGAUGGAACCAUCAAGAAGUCAACGUCUUGGCACACAGCACUCCGUUUAAGGAAGAAAUCUGAGAAAAAAGAUAAAGACGGCAAAAGGGAAGGCAAGCUAGAAAAUGGUUACCGCAAAUCCCGAGAAGGACUUGCAAACAAGGUUUCUGUAAAGCUUCUCAACCCCAAUUACAUUUAUGAUGUUCCCCCCGAGUUUAUAAUUCCAUUGAGUGAGGUAACAUGUGAGACAGGAGAGACCAUCGUGCUUAAGUGUAAAGUCUGUGGUCGCCCCAAGGCUUCAGUUACUUGGAAAGGUCCUGAUCAUAACACACUGAGCAAUGACGGUCAUCACAGCAUUUCGUACAGGUACAGUAAUUUUGACUUAGGAGAGGCUUCGCUGAAAAUCAUUGGCGUCACUGCAGAAGACGAUGGUAUCUAUACGUGUAUAGCUGCAAACGAUAUGGGUUCAGUUUCAUCUUCCGCCAGUCUAAGAGUUUUAGGUCCUGGAAAUGAUGGGAUCAUGGUAAUCUGGAAAGACAACUUUGAGUCCCACUACAGUGAAGUGGCUGAGCUUGGCAGGGGCAGAUUUUCUGUCGUUAAAAAGUGCGACCAGAAGGGAACCAAGCGAGCAGUAGCCACUAAGUUUGUGAAUAAGAAGUUGAUGAAGCGAGACCAGGUUACCCAUGAACUUGGAGUCAUGCAGAAUCUCCAGCAUCCCCAGCUCAUUGGCCUUCUCGAUACCUUUGAGACCUCCACCAACUACAUACUAGUGUUAGAAAUGGCUGACCAGGGUCGCCUUCUAGACUACGUCGUGCGAUGGGGAAACCUCACAGAAGGGAAGAUCAGACUCUACCUGGGAGAGAUUCUGGAAGCUGUGCAGUAUCUUCACAACUGCAGAAUAGUGCAUUUGGACCUAAAGCCUGAAAAUAUUUUGGUGGACCAGAGUUCCACUAAGCCAACGAUAAAACUGGCUGACUUUGGAGACGCAGUCCAGCUCAAUACCACGUAUUAUAUCCACCAGUUACUUGGAAACCCAGAGUUUGCAGCUCCUGAAAUUAUUCUUGGAAAUCCUGUUUCCCUCACUUCAGAUGUUUGGAGCAUUGGAGUGCUCACAUAUGUCCUUCUUAGUGGCGUCUCUCCUUUCCUGGAUGAAAGUGUAGAGGAAACUUGCCUGAAUAUUUGCCGCUUAGACUUUAGUUUCCCAGAUGACUACUUCAAAGGAGUUAGCCAGAAGGCCAAAGAUUUUGUAUGCUUCCUACUUCAGGAUGACCCAGCUAAGCGUCCCUCAGCUGCACUGGCCCUCCAGGAGCAAUGGCUGCAGCUGGGGAAUAGCAAAAGUGCUGACAGCAUUGACAUAUCCAGACUGACUUCGUUCAUUGAGCGGCGAAAACACCAGAAUGAUGUUCGACCCAUCCGUAGCAUUAAAAACUUCUUACAGAACAGGCUCUUGCCAAGAGUUUGACCUUGCUUGAAGUUCUCUCUCAUUCUCUUUCACCUGCCAAUCAAUCAGACUGGAGAUGGACUCCUCCUGCCAAUCAAUCAGACUGGAGAUAGACUCCUCCUG